AUGGACAUGACAUUUGACUCAGAUGAAACUCAAUAUCCAGAUGACAUAUUACAUCCAAAUUUUGAUCCAGCAUGGCAGACAACUCCAGAACUUGCACCUGAAUGUAACAGUUACAAAUGGAAAGUUAAGGUCAUAGAUGGCUCUGGAGAAAUACUUGAUCAAACGAUGACAACCAAAGAUGUGUGGAAGUUACAAAACCGCAAGGUCAUUGUACAUUUUGAUGAAGAAUUUGGCCAACCAGAUGUUGGUUCUGCAAGGCUGUUUGGCUCUUGGUUGGGGCAACUGAGCACGGACGUGGGUCUUCUGCCAAUCGACUACACAGACUGGAGGGUCUAUCCAAAUCACCGUAAAGAAGCUGCUUGGAAUCUCAUUAAGAAAAAAAUCAGCUUUGAUGACCCAAAGAAAAGAAGGAAAUAUGCGAUAAGUGUCUUAGGUAGCAGAUGCAAGGAUCUUAAAGUCCGGAUUUGGAAGACAUGCAAGCGAUCAAGUAGAAAUGAAACUCUAGCAAACCGUCCCUCCACCAUUCCUCAUGAUCAGUGGCAAAACUUUGUGAAUGACAAAUAUGGAGAGAAAUGGAAGUUUAAAGAAACUGGGAAGAAGCUUAGUAGAGCUGAGUUUUUCAUUCAGAGUCGCAAGAAACAAGAUGGUACUUUUGUCAAUGAAGAGGCAAAAGAACGAGCUGAACAACUCACUGAGUUGAUAAGUCAGAAUCCAACGAGUAGAAGUGCAAACAUUGCUGCAACAUUAGAUGAUGACUUUGCUACGGUUUUUGGACCGGAAAGAUCCGGACGAAUCCGGUGUCUUGGACGAGGACCUACUGCUUCACAAUUGCAGAAACAUUCUCCUAGUCAGUUCCAAAUACAAGAACAGGAUAAUGCAGUUGUGGAUCAGCUGAGGUCUCAAGUUACAGGGUUAACGUCACAAGUUCAAAUUUUGACUGGUAUUGUUCAACAGUUUCUUGGUGAUACUACAGUUCAGCCAAAUGCACUCAGCAACAAUUUGGGAACUCUUGGUACAAUUUUCCUAACUACUCUGCCAAGUCUCGGAGCUCCAGCUGCAACUCUAUCCACGCUGCCAAACUUUACAGCAAUGUUGUCAACUCUGCCAAAUUUGGGAGCUUUCAGUGCAUACGACCAGGCUCUACAGGAUAGUCAAAAUGGAGCUCAUCAUGAAGGCAGUCCUCAUUCUUAA